AUUCAACCCUAUACUCCUAGUACUGUGUAUCCUCAGAGCUGGAUAUAGUUUAUCCAACCCUAUACUCCUUGUACUGUGUAUCCUCAGAGCUGGAUAGUUUAUCCAACCUUCUCCUCCUAGUACUGAGUAUCCUCAGAGCUGGAUAUAGUUUAUCCAACCCUAUAUUCUUAGUACUUUGUAUCCUCAGAGCUGGAUACUUUAUCCAACCCUAUACUCCUUGUUCUGUGUAUCCUCAGAGCUGGAAAGUUUAUCCAACCUUCUCCACCUAGUACUGUGUAUCCUCAGAGCUGGAUAUAGUUUAUCCAACCUUCUCCUCCUAGUACAGUGUAUCCAUAAAUUUGUAUAUUUUUAUUAGUUCACUGCCUACAGAUAUAAGAUGACCAGUGGUGGGACAGCAAUAUCUGGUAUACUUUUCCUUCUGUGUUCAGGUUUGAUGCUAAAUAUGUUAAAUGCAAGGACGCAGAAUGCAUCUUUGGCAACUACUAUUGAUAGAUUAAGAUCUGAUUUGAGACGGGCAACUGAUUCCUUUACAAUUUGCAGCAAAGAGUUCAACAAUAAAAACAUAGACUUUAAGGAGAAAAGUGAGGAACUGGCAAAAAAAGAUGAAAAGAAAAAGAUUUUAGAAAAUGAAAAAGAAAUUCUGAAUAAACACAUCAGCGAACUUCAGAAGCAGUUAACUUCAGCAAAGGAUGGGAAAACUAAAACAGGAGAGGAAAUACAAGGAUUUAAGAAAACGUUGGAAGAUAUUAAGAAAAAUUUUUCUCUUGCUGUUGCUUCACCACCAGUUGCUUCUCAAGGAGACUCUCAAGCAGCAGCUGCUCCUUAAGAAGACUCUCAAGCAGCAGCUGCUUUUCAAGGAGACUCUUAAGAAAGAGCUGCUCCUAAAAAAGACUCUCAAGCUGCAUCUUUUCCUAAAGGAAACUUUCAAUCAGGAGAAGUUUACUACUGCAGCAGCUCCACACGCAGAAGUUCAGGCAGCUAGGCUGCUCCCCCUGCGACUAAAGAUCAAGUAAACACUCAUUUAGCUAAGAUUCAUUCCGAUUUUCAUGUGACAAAUUGACGUUUACAUUCUCUCUAACCUCGACCAUCUGUACUAUAAUUAAGGUUCAAACUAAAAUAUUAGCAUUCUGGCAUAAAUGUUUUUCAAGAUUUUUUUCAAAAACUAUACAGUUUUGAAAUUUUAGGAUACACGGCUACAAUAUAACUAUUAAUAGUUUGUGGGCUUAGAAAUGGCUAAAAAAGGGUUACUGCACUCUAACACUCUUUGUAAAGAAUAUGAAAAACUGAAACCUUUACAAGCUGAAGCUGAUCUUGUUUAUUCCUACCCAGAAAUACAGUCAAGCUGAAGCUCAUCUUGUUUAUUCCUACCCAGGAAUACAGUAAAGUUGAAGCUGAUCUUGUUUAUUCUUACCCAGGAAUACAGUCAAGCUGAAGCUGAUCUUGUUUAUUCCUACCCAGGAAUACAGUCAAGUUGAAGCUGAUCUUGUUUAUUCCAACCCAGGAAUACAGUCAAGCUGAAGCUGAUCUUGUGUUUUCCAACCCAGGAAUACAGUCAAGUUGAAGCUCAUCUUGUUUAUUCCUACCCAGGAAUACAGUAAAGCUGAAGCUGAUCUUGUUUAUUCCUACCCAGGAAUACAGUCAAGCUGAAGCUCAUCUUGUUUAUUCCUACCCAGGAAUACAGUCAAGCUGAAGCUGAUCUUGUUUAUUCCAACCCAGGAAUACAGUCAAGCUGAAGCUGAUCUUGUUUAUACCUACCCAGGAAUACAGUCAAGCUGAAGCUGAUCUUGUUUUUUCCUACCCUGGAAUACAGUACACAGUAAAGAUAUUGGGGUUCCUAGUGUAUCUUCACUUAAAUUACCGGACUAACUUUCAAGCAGAGCUGGAGCAAAUAGAACAGUAUCAAUAUAGUAUAGAGACGGCAGAAAAGGACAGUUCACCAAAUAAGUCAUCUCCUUUUCACGAAAUGUUUGUUCCUUGGUUUGAUUUUAAACCGUAUCAAAUAUAGACCUCUAAAGAAAACAAUUAUGAAAACAAAUUAAAAAAUACGGCGGUAAAAUUCUAAAAUUUAAAAAAAACUGAAAAUUUUACUGGGCUUAGGUUUAUUAUAAUUUAUGAGAGUUAAGUCCUGCGGAUACAGGGGGGGGGGGAGCUGGACUGCACCAAACAUAAUGAAACCAUUUCAGAUUCUUCAUUUAAUGCAGAAAUUAAAUAGACUGUUCCGGACAAAGCAGUAUUGUCCAUUGUGAUUAUUUAUUUACUUUUGUUAUAUAUAUAUUUUUUAGCAAUAAACUGAUUCAAUAUU